UACUUGUUUCUCUCGAGAUUAUUAUUAUCCAUUUCUAUAGUUUUGCCUCGUAUCAAUGUCGCCAGGUCCUGUGGUUGAAGCCGCCCAGUCUGAAUCUGAGCAACUUCCUUCUACUGAGGAGGAAUCCAAGAAACUGCCCCAGAGCGAGGAGGAGGGUGUUGUUGAGGACGUUAAGGAAGACGACGACGACGACGAUGAUAAGGAAGACGGUGCCCAAGGUGCCGAUGGAAGUUCGAAGCAAAGCAGGAGCGAGAAGAAGAGUAGGAAAGCGAUGUUGAAGUUGGGGAUGAAGCCUGUUACUGGUGUAAGCAGGGUUACCAUUAAGAGAGCAAAAAAUAUUCUGUUCUUCAUCUCGAAACCCGAUGUUUUCAAGAGUCCGAAUUCGGAGACUUAUGUCAUUUUCGGUGAGGCUAAGAUCGAGGAUCUGAGCUCACAGUUACAGACUCAAGCUGCUCAGAAACUCAAGAUGCCCGACAUGUCAUCUGUGAUGGCAAAACCCGACACCUCUGCUUCAGCAGCUGGUGCACCCGCCGAUGAGGAAGAGGAAGAGGAGGAAAUUGAUGAGACUGGGGUUGAACCUAGGGACAUCGAGUUGGUCGUGACACAGGCCGGGGUGUCGAGGAGCAAGGCCGUCAAGGCUCUCAAGACACACGAUGGGGACAUUGUUAGUGCUAUCAUGGAGCUCACCACUUAGUUGGACUCCAUGUUUUUCUUAUCUUCAGCUGUCGCUAUCGCUUUCGUUCAAUGGAU